AUCACCGUUGUUUUAAUUUGGCAUUAACCAUGGAUUCAGACAACGAAAGAGUUGCAAUGAGGAAGAAGAAUGACGAAGCCAGAAGACGAGAACGUCAAGCAGGUUCAAGCACGCAUGAUUAUGAUGUUGAAGCUUUGGAGCAUUCCGACUCCGACAUUGGCUUGUGUGGCUGGCUGUUGGUCGCGCUCUCCAUUCUUCUGAUGCUGGUUACUCUGCCCAUCUCCAUAUGGAUGUGUAUUAAGAUUGUGAAGGAGUACGAGCGAGCCAUUAUCUUUCGCUUGGGGCGCAUUUUGCGAGGGGGAGCCAAAGGUCCAGGGCUGUUCUUCAUCUUGCCGUGCACUGACAGCUUUAUUAAUGUGGACAUGCGUACCAUCACCUUCGACAUCCCACCGCAAGAGGUUUUAACCAAAGACUCUGUCACAGUGAGUGUUGAUGGUGUGGUGUACUACCGGGUCCAGAAUGCUACUCUGGCUGUGGCUAACAUCACUAAUGCUGAUGCUGCUACACGGCUGUUGGCCCAGACCACCCUGAGGAACGUCCUGGGUACCAAGAACCUGUCAGAGAUCCUGUCUGAUCGUGAAGAAAUAGCACACAGUAUGCAGUCCACUCUGGAUGAUGCUACAGACGACUGGGGGAUCAAGGUGGAGCGGGUGGAGAUCAAAGACGUCAAGCUGCCCAUUCAGCUCCAGAGAGCCAUGGCUGCUGAGGCUGAGGCCACCCGUGAGGCCAGAGCCAAGGUGAUUGCAGCGGAGGGAGAGAUGAACGCGUCGCGGGCUCUGAAGGAGGCCUCCCUGGUGAUUUCCGAGUCUCCUUCAGCCCUGCAGCUGCGUUACCUUCAGACCCUCAACACCAUUGCCGCCGAGAAAAACUCCACCAUCAUUUUCCCGCUGCCGAUGGAGAUGAUGCAGGGCUUCAUGAAAAACUGAGUAGGAGUCUCAAAUCACAUUGUUCACAUGCACACACACUCAACUUACACACACGUAUUUCGGCCUCUUGUGUCUAUUAAGCAUGUCCCUUUGAACCAGCAUUGCUAACUGUGGCUAACCUAGCUAGAGCAAACCCCACUGAGAUAACAGUUAAUUCCCUCUUGUUGUGAACUGGAACGCGGUCCACCUGGGUGUGACAUCAUUCCCAGGUCUGGCUUCCAACUCCUGAGGUAAAUGGAGCACAGCUGUAGUCUGCAUUCAAAAUGUAAAAAAAGAAAAAUGCAACACAAACCCUAAGUGACCAUGGAGUGGAUCAUCAAUUGGAUCCUUGGUUACUUAAUUCCUAAUUGGCAUUUUGUUGUAAAAAUGUAACCUGGUUGCGUUACUCAGAUCUUUUCUUUCCAUCUUGUACACUGAUCUGUUUGGCCAAACAGCCAAUCAGAAAGCCGAUUCAGUGUGCUCAGUCAGCUGAACGGCUGCAGAGUAGUGUCAACUACAACCAACGGUACAUUUUGAGUUUCAAUUUAGAUAUUAGCUGCGCCAUUGAACGUUGUCAGUGAAGUUUUAGCAUAAAUCUCAUUCCAAUCUCAGCACCAAACUUGCAUUUGAACCGUUAAGGUUCAAACGUGUACCAGGACGUACAGUAUACUGUACGCUCUACUGAUUAUCAUCAGGAGAGUGAUUAUAGAGUGAUUAUGUAAAGUUCUUCCUCUGCAAUGGCCUAACUUGGUGCAUUGCGUUAUCACAUGCUAACUAGCAAGGAGUUAGGCAGAGGUGUUGAAAUUGCCCCUUCACAAAGUAGGGAUCGGUAGGAGUGACAUGCAAAUAAUAACACCGAAACACACACACACACAAACACACACACAGACAAACACACACACACACACACACACACACACACACACACACACACUCCUUUUCUCCAGUUGCCAAUACUUCUGUCAUGGCUGAGAGGUUAACAGUCAGGCUGGAUGUUACUUGUAUAUGUUUACAGUAUGCUUUCUAUCAUUUACAGCAUAUUUUACAUUCAGAAGAAUAGACCUCAAAUUACCAUAGCAUUGACUCUGCAACAGUAUCAGCUACACUAGUGGUACUGUGUGCAUCAUAGGGCUGCCAGUUGUUCCUAUUAUUUUGCCUUUACCAAUAAAGAGAAGCGGUGGCUGUUAGAAACUUAUCGCAAGACAAACGCCUUAACUUACUGCCAUUAAUUCUUUUCAACAGCCUAAUAUCAUAUUCCUAUGCAUUUACAAAAAUAACUAAUGGAUUUAAUUUGUCUAAUUUAUCUAAGCAACAAUAUUUUUUAAGCAACAAAAAUUAUAUUUCUAUAUCACAUACGCUCUUUCCAGGUGCAAACAAGCCAAAUAUGUUAGUCUUUGUGUUUUUAUCUUUUAAACUGACAUGUAGUCCUUAUAUGUAUUCCUCCCUUUAACAUACAAAGAACAGAAAUGUUAGUAAAUGUUCGUUAAAGUAUGUAUGACUUAGUAGUGUUACUAUAUACUAUUUGUAUAUAUAAUAUAAUUUCAGAAAUGUGAAGUUUAUUAAAGCUUUGCUGUGACUAGACAGAGUUUCAGGUUGGUGAAAACUGAGUUUAAAGUAGCACUAUAGAUUUUUUAAAAUUAUUAUUAUAGACUGUUACAGAAUUUUACUACAGUAACUCCUGUAUAUUUGAGUUGCUACAAGAGAGAGAGUAUUAUUUUGCCACAGCUAGAUAAAAAGAAUCUUGAGUAAACUUGCUUUAGAGUUUGAACUCUGUUACAGAGAGGAGAGGUGGUUACAUAGUACACAUAGCAGGACAUAGUGAUGCGGAUCACCGAGCGUUUGUGUUCAGAGAAAGAAA